AUCCCACAGGCACAAAAGAACGAGACGAAGAACGACUUGGUAUUAUAUGUUACCAAUUCAGUUUUCCCAACAACGCGAUCGGCCAUUAUUUGUUUCCAAAAGCCAUCAUGAAGCAAAAGCUUACAAUAAAGGUCAACAUGGAAUGCGAGAGUUGCAGAAACAAGGCACUGAAGAUAGCUUCCUCCGUAAAAGGCGUGAGUUCAGUGGCGAUAGAAGGGAACGAGAAAGAUCGAGUGGUGGUGAAGGGUGAAGAUGUGGACACGGUUUGCCUGGGCAGGAUGCUAAAGAAGAAGUUCAGGGGCGUCACUGUUCUAACGGUGGAAGAAGACAAGCCACCUAAGCCUCAAGACGGCAAAGGCAAAGGCAAAGAUCAGAAAGACAAAGACAAGGACAAGGACAAGGACAAAGUCCGAAGCUGUACAGUUUGUAUUGUACCUGCCUGCUAUAAUAAUCCUUGCCACAAAUGUUCAGGGCAGUGUGGGCCCUGCUCAAGAUGCCAAAGCUCAAAGUGCCAUGGUGAUUGCAAGCCAUGCACGAGAUGCGAAGCCUUGAAGUGCCAUGGGGACUGCAAGGCCUGCGUCAGAUGUGGGAGCUACAAGUGUAGUGGUCAGUGUGCUUCUUCUAUCUGUGUUCGACCACCACAACCUACGUGUUAUGGUCAGUGUCCUCCUUGGAUCUCAUGUCCCUCCUGCUGCGUUAAGCGACCCUAUGACCCUUAUUGUUACCGUGUCGUUUAUGAUUCAUGUCCUGAUUCUUGCUCUAUCCAGUGAUGCAAUUCUGCAAUAAACAUAUAUACUACUAGCCAGCUAGCUAGUGCCAUCUCAACCUUGCUCUCAUAAUAAACAUUCUCUCACAUCAUACCCUCUUGCACACUUACAGAUCUGUUUUGGUUAGUCCUGUAUGGCUUUUCGUAAUUUCCUUUCUUUCCCUGUGUUGAUAAAUCAGUAAUCUGCAUUUCCUUUCAAUAAAGAGAAUAUUUGUA